CAAGGAAUCGUUUCUACUCGUGUAGUGCUUCCAUUUAUGCACUGGAGUGGAUGCAUGGUUCGCCGGAUCGGCCGAGUCCGGUCCGACUCGGCCGAUCCGGGACCGUUCCGGUUCAACCGAAAUAUCGGAUAGGGUUUUUUAAAUAUAUACAAAUCUUAUCCAAAAUUCAAUUCUUAUUCAUUCUUUGCCUACUUCCUCCCUUCUCUCCUUCCUGGCAGCGACGAGUGACGAAAAAAUACUCCUACUUUCUCUCUUCUCUCAACUGGUGGCUUUGGCGGGUGACGAAAAAUACUGGUUUCUACUCUCAAUUCCUGGUGGUGGACAAGAAAAAAAGUUACUUCGUGAAUUUUUGGGGAGGAAGAACGCAGGGGUGGAAGAACACCGUGGAAGGACCGGUGGAAGGACCGGUGGAAGAAAGAUAGUACGAGUUUGUGUAAAAUGGCACCGCAUAUGGUUGGAAUCAUGCUACUCCUAUAAGCAACGAUAGAAAACAAGCAAAAUGCAAUUAUUGUGGAAAAAUUAUUCACGGUGGGAUUACUAAGAUGAAACAACAUAUAGCACAUGUUACUGGUUAAGUUGAAGCAUGUACGAGAGUUCCAAAAGAAAUAAGAGAGUUACUAAAACAACACUUGAUCCAAGGGAAAAGUAUGCGAGCAGCAAAUAAAAAAAAAUUAGAAGCAUUGCACAAUUCCAUUCGUUUGGAAGAUGAUUCUGACGAGGAAGAAGAUGAAAUUUUUGAAAUAAAUGAAUAUGAUUUUAAAGUCUCCAAGGGAAUGGAAAGUUAUGUCUAUUUAUUGUUGUUUAUUGCUUAUGAGAGAAAAGUAAAAAAAAAAAAUGGCACAAAUUUUCAUCGCAUUAUAGUGGGAAUGGGCAUUUUGAUGUUAACUUGUCGGUUGAGUUGGGUGUAAUACGGGUUAUCUUGGUGAGCAUUCUUCUUACGUAAAUUGCAAGAAUAAAGUUUUGAGUAUGCAUGAUAAUGAAGGAAUAAAUGAGGAAUGAGAAAUUUUACACAGAGUCUAUAUAAUUACAAAAUGAGCCUGGAAUAUUUUCUUUUUUACUUACUUAGCCAAAAAAUAAUAUCCUAUAUCCUACCCCAACCUAAAGUCCCGUUACAACCUUAUUUAAAGACCCUUUGAUUAUUUGCAUUAGAAUUCGAAGAAUUAAGAGAUGUGACAAUAUGCAAGCCUAUUGGAUAAUCAUUUUUACGAUGCGACUCCAGUGACUUGUUAAUCCAUAUACAUUUGAGUGUUGAGUGUAUACACUUUAUUCCUAGUGAGGUUAUGUUGCGCUUGGUAUGUUUUGAGUUUCAUUGAGGUAACGAUAAUAUGAAUUUGUUGUGGAGAUUAUGAUUGCAUUAAGUUCUUUCGUGUGCUUGUUUGGUUUAUGCUUUAGGGCAAGCAUGGUUUGGGUGUGGGGGAAUUGAUAAAUAUAUAUUGUUAUAUAUUUUCUAGAGAUAAAUUAUAAGAUUUAAUCAAUGUUUUGGAUAGAUUCAUACUCAUUUAGGCAUGUAUUGAUUUGUGCAAGGGAAUUGAGCGAUUCACGUCCAUGCCAUAUUUUCGAUCAAAUAAUUUUGGAAAUACUUGAAUUAAGCUCUUAUGCUAAAGAAAUAGGUGGAUUACGGAAAUUAAAGCUUGAUUGUUGGCAUUAUGAUUAAUAACGAGCAAUUAAGGGAGUGAUUGAGGACCCGGUCAUCUAUAAAAUGGGGGUCAAAGCAUUGGAUGUUGUAUCACAAUUCAUACUCACUUUUCAUAGUUUAAGUGGAGGAUUGAGAAGGCCGUUUAAAGAGGAAGCACAUCAAGUUUAAUGUUUUAUUUAUUUAUUUAUAAGUAUGAGUAGCUAAAUUCCUAGUUAGUCCAAGGUUGAAUGUAGAUUUUGGAUUGGGAUUUGUGAGAUUGUGUUUUGAUUUAAUUUGAAUCUCAUUUAAGUAAAUUGAUAUUUGUGUGAUUUUUGUGAUUCAUGCUUGCAUUUUUUUUUUAUUUAAUCUUUUAUCGUGGUCGGAUCUUAGAUUGGUUUAGCAAUUUUGUGCCAAUUGAACAUUUAUAUCCGUAAUUGUGUAUGUGUUUUAUAAAGUGGUAAAUAGGUUAACAAGCUUAGCCUAGGAAUCACAUGAUCAAAUAAUUUAAUCUUUUCGUAAUUGAUUAAAUAUUUGAUUUAGGUUUUUCUCAUGCUAUUUUCAAUUGGAGAUAUUAAUUUAUGGUUGUACCUAGAUUAUUUCUUUUAUUAGGGAUGCGGUUAAUCAGUCGUACAAUUGCCGCCAAUAAAGUAAGGAGAAAUUGGGUGUUAUGAUCGUAUCUAAUGCCUAUACCCAAUUUGUCAGUUGAAUAACAAGAUUAUCUAAAAUUAAUUAUCGAAUCUUUAAUCUGGUUUCUUAUUCACUCCUUGGGCUAGAAGUUUAAUCUCUUUAAAUCUAAAUUUUAUUUUUCAUCGCUUAUUUUAAUUAUUUUAGUGAAUUGCUAAUUCAUCCCCAAAUACUUGAAUGUGUGACAAAAUUAGGAAUUAAACUUCGCAGUCCUUGUGGAUCGACCUCGGCAUGACUUGCUACACGUAGUGUUAGAGAAUCUUUAUUGGAAGCAUCAAGGCUACUACAUACUCCCUUCUUAAAUGGCAAUAGCCCCUUUGAGCAUGUUCAUAAUUCUCCAUCUGGUCUUUGUGGCCUUAGAGUCUUUGGGUGCUUGUGUUAUGCCACUGUGUUAAACAAUUCAGAUAAGUUUCAUCCUCGGGCAAUAAAAUGUUAUUUUCUAGGAUAUGCUGAAGGAAAGAAGGGAUAUAAGGUUCUGGAUCUUGAAACCCACUAUGUUUUUCUUUCAUGUGAUGUUCAGUUAUGUGAGGAGACUUUUCCUUUCAAGUCUGAACGGACAAAUGCUCCUAGACAGACACAUAGUCCUAAUUUUGGACCCUACAAUGCUACCUAUGAUGAUUUCUUACCUAUUUUUGAAGAUAAUCGUGAGGAGAUGCAGUUAGACAUGAUCCAAUCACUUGGUUUGGAUUCACAACUAACUACCACCGGUGACAUAAACACGGAUUCCUACACUAAUCUCAUCUCAGUGAUGGAAAAUGUUCCCCAAAAUAGCAGGCCUGAGGCUACAUCUGAAAACACUCGAAAAUCUUCACGUGUUGUUCGGUAGCCUAUAUACCUGCGUGACUAUGAAGUCUCCUUAGGUCAAGUGUCUGUUAAGUACCCUAUUGAAAAGGUGUAUCACAUCCCUAAAGUUGUGUCCUCAAGUACAGUUUGUCUCUUAGCUAAUCUUGAAAAACAUCUUGAACCACAAACUGUCCAAGAAGCCAUGGUUGAUCCUAAUUGGAAGACUACCAUGGACUUGGAAAUGAAAGCUCUCAUAGAUUAUCAGACUUGGGUUCUUGCUGAUCUUCCCUCUGAUAGAAAAUCUAUAGGAUGUAAAUAGGUCUUUAAGGUGAAUAUAACUUUGAUGGAACAGUAGAGCGCUACAAGCUCGAUUUGUCACCAAAGGGCUUAGUCAGCGGGAGGGCUUAGACUUCCAUGAGACAUUUUCCCCUGUAGUCAAAAUGGUUACUGUAAGGUUUAUUCUGUCAUUAGUUGUUAUUCGUAGCUGGGAAAUUUUUCAGCUCAAUGUUAAUAAUGCCUUUAUUCAUGGGGAUCUUGCUGAAGUUGUUCAUAUGAAGCCUCUUGAAGACUACCUUAAUUUGUUUAAAAAUAAAGUUUGUCUUUUGAAGAAGUCUUUAUAUGGGUUAAACAAGCUCCUAAGCAAUGGAAUGAAAAACUAAAAUCUGUUAUGCUUGAGUUUGGUUUUGAACAGUCCUUACAUGAUUAUUCUUUGUUUACUAGAGUUUUCAAUGAUCUAACAAUCUUUGUCCUUGUGUAUAUUGAUGAUAUAUUAGUGACUGGAAAUGAUGUUGAAAAAAUAAAAUGAAUUUAAGGAAUUUCUUGAUAAAAGGUUCAAAAUUAAAGAUUUGGAAAAUAUACAUUACUUUAUGGGUAUAGAAGCCUUACAAUGUGAUGAUGGUCUUGUGUUCUCUCAAAGAAAAUAUACUAUUGAAUUAAUCUUUGAGUUUGGGGUUUUAGGAUGCAAGCUUGCUUCAGUUCCUAUGGAAAAACACCUAAAACUCACUAUGAACAGUCAUUAAAUGAAUUUAAGGAAUUUCUUGAUAAAAUGUUCAAAAUUAAAGAUUUGAAAAAUAUCCAUUACUUUAUGGGUAUAGAUGCCAUACAAUGUGACGAUGGCCUUGCAUUCUCUCAAAGAAAAUAUACUAUUGAAUUACUCUCUGAGCUUGGGGUUUUAGGAUGCAAGCCUGCUUAAGUUCCUAUGGAAAAACACCUAAAAUGCACUAAUGAAGUGAGUGAGGGUGAUUCUCUGCUUGAAAAUCCCACUGCUUAUCAACAAUUGAUUGUCAUGAAAAUCUAUAUUACUAUGACACGACCUGAUAUUGCUUUUUUUGUCCAAAAUAUGAGCCAGUUUAUGCACAAGCCAAAGAAGUCUCAUUUUAAUGCUGCUCUAAAGGUACUCAAAUACCUGAAGGGUAGCCGAGGUCAAGGGUUAAUGUUCUCUAAUCAUGGUGAACUCAUUCUUAAAGCCUUUUGUGAUUCUGAAUGGGCUGCUUGUCCUAUUACCAGAAAAUCUGUUAUAGGUUUCUGUAUUUUUUUUGGGAACUCCUUGGUGUCAUACAAAAGCAAAAAGCAGUCCACUGUAUCGAGAUCCUCAGCUGAAAUUGAAUACAGGCAAUGGCACAAACUUGUGCUGAGAUCGCUUGGAUUCUCGGAAUACUGAAUGAUUUGGGUAUUAAUCAUGCUGUUCUUGUUUCUCUAUAUUGUGAUAAUACUGCUGCCUUGCAAAUUUCUACUAAUCCUGUGUUUCAUAAACGGACUAAACACAUUGACGUUGACUGCCAUAUGGUAAGAGAUUUUGUGAUUAAAUGAAUUGUUUCAACAAAAUUUGCUGAAUGUGCUGAUCUGCUUAUAAGGGUUCUAGUUGGUGAGUCGAUUUCUUGAUUAUGUAAACUUAACAACUUGAUUGAUAUUUUUCAAGUUGUUGACCAUGGCCCUUCGAUUGAGGGAGAGAGGGUGUUAAAAAGAACAGGUAUCAAUCCAAUCGAUGGGCCUUGCUGAUGGUUAUUAGGUUCAUCCCAUUACUAUCUAUAUAUAUAUAUAUAUGCUCAUCUAGAGCAACGUUGUGUGAUCAAUUGGAUCACUUCACCCCUGCCACAUCUCUCUCUCUCUUCCCUGGUCUCUACACCAGAGUUCUCUCCUCCAUCCAUCUUCUGUCUUUCACCCCUCUUCUUCAUUUAUUUUUUCUUUAUAUUUUCCGUAGCAGAUUCGAAUAUGUAGGUCUACUCGUUACUCGUCGGUUUGAUGCUUUCCGGUAUACAAGUAUUAAAGGACACCACAUCAUCGAUGUCUACUGAUGGUUGAGCACAUCAUCGAUGUCUACUGAUGUUUGAGUAAGAUUUUACGAAAAAAGAAAUGACUGCAAAGCCCCGAAGGUUCGCGGAGAUCCCUCUUCUCUAGGGCUUUCGUUGUUGGCGUUGUGGUUUCACUAGAUGAGAUCGAAGAACAGGCGAGAUCUAGCUGAUACUCUGUGAAUUUAUUCCGUAAAUGGAUCAGAUAUUGAACAAGAUGGGAUCGUACUGGAUUGGUCAGAAGGCCAACAGGGAAUUGAACUCCGUCGGCAACGAUAUCAGUUUAUUAUCCAACAGUAUUGAAGGAGGAGCCAAAUGGUUGGUUAACAAGUUGAAAGGAAAAAUGCAAAAGCCGUUGCCUGAUCUCCUGAAGGAGUACGACCUGGCAAUCGGGAUUUUCCCACACGACGCCACAAAUUACGAGUUCAAUGAGGAGACAGGAAAUCUCAUCGUGUACAUCCCAUCAAUUUGUGAAGUGGGAUACAGAGACUCAUCCAUACUGAGGUUUUCCACCACUGUAUCCAGUUAUCUCGAGAAAGGCAAGCUGGCCGACAUAGACAGAAUCAAGACGAAGGUGAUUGUUUGGGCUAAGGUCACGUGCAUCACAUCAGAUAAAUCGAAGAUUCAUUUCACUGCUGGGAUGAAGAAAUCCUGCAGCAGAGACGCCUACGAGGUUCUCUGAGCCGGGAUAGCCGUAGAAAAACUCUAGGACUACAAAACUCAUAUAUGUCUUAAUACAAUGCCUUUCGACCGUACUACUCCCCUACUGCCAUGCCUUUCGACCAUACUACUCCCCUACUGCCAUUCUAUCAGAUGUAGAUAAAUCAUGAAUCUUGGUGUAUAAAAGUUUCCUCUUGAAAAAAAAAAAAAAAAAAAAAGAUUAUGAUUGAAAUAGAGAAUUUCAAUUUUAUGUUCUAACAUUUUGAUAUUUGUAUUAAGCUUUGAAACAGUCUGUAGCGUCCGAAGUGAAGCAGCGUUUCUCCUAAGUUGAUUCAUGUGAUGAACUCUUUCAAUUGUGAUCCUUUGUGAUCUGUGGCGUUACAUAUCUAUUACGCCUUCUUGUAUACCGGUUGAUAUGAAUGAAGAACUUGAGAGUGU